AUGGGACAAAAUGAAGCUCGUAAAUUGAAUCACCAGGAAGUUGUGGAAGAAGAUAAAAGACUUAAGUUGCCUGCAAACUGGGAAGCCAAAAAGGCUCGUUUAGAAUGGGAACUGCAGGAAGAAGAAAAGAAAAAGGAGUGUGCAGCAAGAGGGGAAGACUAUGAGAAGGUGAAGUUGCUGGAGAUCAGUGCAGAAGAUGCAGAAAGGUGGGAGAGGAAAAAGAAAAGGAAAAAUCCUGACCUGGGAUUUUCAGAUUAUGCUGCUGCCCAGUUACGCCAAUAUCAUCGGUUGACAAAGCAGAUCAAACCUGACAUGGAAACCUAUGAACGACUGAGGGAAAAACAUGGAGAAGAGUUUUUUCCGACGUCCAACAGCCUCCUUCAUGGGACACACGUGCCUUCCACAGAGGAGAUUGACAGAAUGGUCAUGGACCUGGAGAAACAGUGAGUCCUCAGAGCAGCCUGCCUGUUAGCUGCUAAGUGACAGGAUGGGCUUGGUGUGUGUCUCAGGCCGUUGUGCUUUGAGAGAGUUAAAUAGAAACAACACUUGCUCUUGUCUGGCCUGGGUCCGCAGCGGUUUUGAGGAUGGGCAGCCAUGUGGAUUCAGUCCCCACGAUCUGGAAUAGAGAUGCGCACGUUGAUGGAAUGGGACCAUCAUGUGUCGGCUCUCCAUCACUGGGACAAAAAGUUGAGACAAGUUACAAGGAGGAAAGGUUUAUUUUGGCUCACGUUUCCGAGGUUUUAGUCCACGGUUGCUGGCCUGUUGCUCUGGGUUGUGGCAGCUGGUGAUGAUGGAGGCCCACGUGAUGAUGGAGGCCCACAUGAUGCAGGAGCCUCUUCACCUCAUGGGGGAGGCAGCGAGGUGCGAGUGAGAAGGAAAGGGCUGGGAUCUUGGUGUCCCUUCAAGGGCACACCAGGUGACCUGACUUUUCCAGCCAAGCCCCCCCUUGUGAGAGAUUCCACCUCCUCCCAGAAGCACUGUAGGCGAGUGCCAGGCUUUCCCCACGAGGGGCUUCGGGGGGCGUUCCAGGCCCACCCUUCAGCAGUUAAGAGUCAGAGGAGGAAGAGCUAAAGAAAAUGAUUUCAAGAGAUUUCACUGUAACACCCGCUGCACUAUAUGUUGGAAGAAACGAGAGCGUCCUGUGAAUGUGCCGCAGUUCUAUUUGUUUCAUUUACUUUGUUUUUGAAUAUUUUUAGCUGUAGUUGGACACAAUACCUUUAUUUAUUUAUUUCUGUGUGCUGC